AUGCAAGAAUUUCCAGCGAGCUCAACAGUCUCGGAUCUGCUGAGCCGGGCGGGGCCAGGGAGCUCGAGGUGGUCUAUGUAUGGCAUACCACCAAAGGAAGAACUAAGGCCGAGGCUGAACCAGAGACCUGUAAGUAAGCUGAAGAUGGGUGAUGUGGUGGAGCUGACUCCACCAAUUCCUGAUGAGUCUCUGCCUGAAUACAGAGCAACGGAUGUAUGA